AUGUAUCACGAGAAGCAGAUCGGCUCUCUGUGUGCCGUGCACUGCUUGAACAACCUCCUUCAAGACCAAGAAUUCGAUGAGAUUCAGCUAGCUGACAUCGCAGCUGACAUUGAUCGACGCGAACGUCAAGCGCUGGGCAGCGGCAGGAUCGAUUCUGAUCUGAGCUCAGCGAAUGUCCGCGCCGACGGAUUCUUCAGCGUUCAGGUGAUCUUGGAGGCUUUGAUGACGCGUGGAUACCAGUGCAUGCACCUGGGAAGCUCUGAGACUGCUGGGGUGCUCAAAAGUCCUGAGAAGGAGAUCGGCUUCAUCCUCAACAGGUCGGAACACUGGUUCUCCCUGCGUCGGCUGGGGAAAUACUGGUUUGAUGUGAACUCCAUGUAUGAGAAACCGAAAUUCGUUUCGGACUCAUAUUUGGGGAUGCUUUUGAUGCAGAUGAAGAAUGACGGCUACAGCGUCUUUGUAGUCAGAGGAAAUUUUCCACAGACGUCAAUAGAGAAGGACAACAGAAGACUGGAAGAGCUGGUCCAAGCGUGUUCGGACAAUCAGGUGACACAGGAACUUCGACAGUUGUGA